AUGGCAACUACAAGUAGCUCAAUAUACGCCAGUUAUAUACAACACGUAGCUAUGUAUGUAGGAUUCCCUGUUCUUAUUGCAGGUAUUAUUGGUGAAGUAUUGAAUAUUAUUGUUUUUAUGAGUCUUCAUACUUUUCGACAAAAUUCAUGUGCAUUCUAUUUACUUAUCAUGUCAUGUGUCAAUAUAGGACAGCUCAUCAGUGGUUUAUUUCCUCUGAUUGUAAUGACUGGAUUUGGAAUUGAUUGGACAACAGAUUCAUUAUUUUAUUGUAAGUUCAGACAAUAUUGUCGUCAAGUAUGUGCACUUAUAUCAUUAUCAUGUUUUUGUUUUGCAACAAUUGAUCAGUUUUUGGCUACUUGCUUCCGUCCUUAUUUUCAAAAAUGGAGUAAUAUAAAAGUAGCUCGACGGCUAUGUAUAACAACCACUGUAAUUUGGAUACUUCAUGGUAUUCCAUGUCUCAUAUAUUUCAAUUUAAUCCCGUCAUCUGCUACUGUCCGGCCGAGUUGUACUAUAACCAAUCAUGUAUUUUCACAAUACUAUACUUUUUGUUAUACAGCAGUUUUUACAGGAUAUCUACCAGUGACUGUUGUUGCUUUAUUUGGGACAUUGGCUUAUUAUAAUGUUCAACGAAUUGAAUAUCGUACAAGACCACUUGUCCGGCGUGAAUUAGACAAACAAUUAACUGUCAUGGUUCUUAUUCUUGAUAUUUACAAUAUUAUUGCUUUAUUGCCCUAUCCUGUUAUACUCGUUCUAACUUCAGUAACAACUAUUACUCAAAAUCCAAUUAUUGCUCAACAAAUUAGUUUUGUCAGUAAUUUAACAUCUUAUACCUAUUUCUCAUAUUUCGCUUGUCCAUUUUAUAUCUAUAUUUGUACAUCUGAACGGUUUCGUCGGCAGUUGUUUCAUGUUCUUUUCAAGAUUCAUCUUGAAAGAUGGCGACGACGUAAAGUGGUUGCACCACUUACAUAA